AUGUCCCGAUCAAACAGGACGACCUCGAAGACGGGCCUCACAAUGGAACCACCGUGUAGUCCGUGCUCGAGUCCGGCAGGACGCCGCAAAAGCGUAGCCCUUCGUGCUGGAAGUUUCGACGAGCAGCAGCUUCAGCGCCAAACCGAACUAGCCUCGAGGGGUGGACAACCGGGGACGGCAACCUCCUCACACCAUUCAUCGCCCAAGUUUUUCCGCACGCAAAGCUUCGGCGAUCGGUUGCUUGGAUCGUCCCCACGGUUUGGCAAAUCGAAGAAGAUGUUUCCCAGCAUCACCGGCCCAAAGUCGUGCUCGUCGGUGGGAUUGAUUUCCACGCCGGAAAGCACGUCCCCGGUGCGUGGGACGGUGAAUGGAUCGGCACCUGCUGCGACACGCCGAAAGCCUUCGGAAGUGCCCGAUCCGCUCGAAGCGUACCGGGAGGAACUGCGUCAGCUUCGUCAGCUGCAGCAGGAGCGUUUUCGAUCACGCAGCAGCAGCAUUUCUAUCGAACGGUGGCACGAAAGCGCCACCGGGACACACAGCACUUCCGCCACCGAGCUCAUAUCGAGAAGGGGCGUUUUCUCACGGCGUCACUAUGGCUCAGUAGAUCAGCUGCCCCAGUCAGAGAUUGAUGGUUUGGAUCCCAACUGCCGUCGCUUUCGGCUCGAGAAUGGAGAAUCAUUAGCGGAAAAAGACGAAGUUUUCGGGUCGCCCAGCAUCCCGAUCCUGGAGAAUCCCGAACAUCAAACACGAUGGUACUUCAAGUAUUUUCUGGGAAAAUUGCAUCAAAACUACGUCGGGAUGGAUUCGGAAAAGAAUCCGUACUUUCUGUCGAUCGUCUCACAGGACUCCGGCAGCAAGUGCAUGCCACUGUACCGCGUGAUGCUGUUCCGGAAGCAGGGCGCCCAGAAGCUAGCACUUCCGUACAACCCCCAGCAGAAGCUGACGGUGAAGCAGAUCCUCUCCAACUUCACGCUGAUGGACUCGAACAAAUCACCGAAGGAAAUCUUCUCCGCCGACAUCCAAAAGGAUCUGCUCCUGCUCGAGGAACAGGAGGGCUCGGUGAACUUCAAGUUCGGCGUGGUGUACAUGAAGGCAGGCCAAAAGCUGGACGACGAAAUGCUGAGCAAUGAAACGGGAAGUGCGGAUUUCGACGAUUUCCUCGCGCUGUUGGGUGAAAAAAUUCGCCUCAAGGACUGGGAGCGGUACCGAGGUGGGCUGGACGUGAAGGGCGACAUGACGGGAAGGUACUCGACCUACACGCUGUACGAGGGGCACGAGAUAAUGUUCCACGUAUCGACGCUGCUCCCGUUCAGCAGAGAUAAUCGGCAGCAGGUCGAGCGGAAGCGCCACAUCGGCAACGAUAUCGUCAACAUCGUUUUCAUCGACGAAGCCGCCACGGGCGAGGACACGGAGUUCAUACCGAACAACGUAAAGAGUCAAUUUACGCAUGUGUUUGCCGUCGUGACGAGGCGAGGAACGCGCUACCGGUUGGCCGUCUACUGUGAUGAAACGGUUCCCCCGUUCGGCCCAACGCUGCCCAAUCCGCCCGAGUUCGAGGACCCGGCCGUCUUCCGGGACUUUCUGCUGGUGAAGCUGAUCAACGGGGAGAAGGCCACCUUUCAAACGCCGACCUUCGCCAGGAAGCGCGAACGGACGCUGGAAAUGUUGAUAAAGGACCUGUACGAGGAAUAUGUGCACGACAAUAAAAUGAAUAUGCUAAAUAGGCGAGCAUUCUCGGAGGUCCUGUACGAUGCGCCACGAACGUCAAAGCUGAAGGAAGACGCCCGCCAGGUGGAGUUCGUGCGCAUCGGCCAAGCGCUCAAGCUCGAGGCCAUCGUGCGAGGCGAUGCACCGACAAGCAUAGCAUCGGCCGGGACCGUGUUCAAACGUCCACCCUGGGAGCCGCACUGCUUCUACCCGACGUUUCAACCCCGCAACGAUCUCGUCGGUGACAGCUGGGGCCAGGAUCAGCUUUUCCUCGCAUCGGACGAGGGUACAUAUCUCAUCAAGGAGGACCAAACGCACCGGGUCGUGUUCGACAAGACGCUGUGCGUGAAGCAGAUGAACGUGGUGGAAGAUCACGGUAUAAUGCUGGUGCGGGGUGGAUCCGCCGUGCAAAAGGACGGCCACCGGAUACACGUGUUUCGGUUGAACGAGUUCACGGACGAUCGAGUCGUGCAGCGAUCGCGAGUUGACGUCAAGGAGCGCCGGAUCGAGAAAACGCGUGGGUGCCAUAUGUAUGCGAUUUCCCGCGCCGGUGAGGCUCACCUUCGGAUGGCAGUGGCCGUUGGCCGGAAGUUGCUCAUCUACCAGUGGAAACAUACGGCAGCGUGGACGUCCUGGUGUCCGAACAGCGAUAACGACACCGUGGAUGGGUUUCUGUUCCUGAAGGAGAUCCACCUGCACGAUUCACCCACGAUCAUGACCGUCCUGGAGGGGUCCUGUCCUAACGCUGGGCUGCUUAUAUGCGUCGGUUAUCGGCAUCAUUUCGAGAUCGUCUCUGAGCUGACGGGACACGCGACUAAGCUGCACGAAACGGACACGCUCAAGCGCUCCCAAACACAUCUGGUGGCAGCACUGGACCUGUACGAUGGUCAGGACACGGAGCUUCUGCUGUGCUACAACCAUACCUGCCACUUCCAGAAGCUCUCGGAGGAGUGCAACAACAGCACGGAGUUCGAUUUCCAGUUCAACACGCCACCCUCAUCAGUUGUGUGCGCCUUUCCGUACAUUAUCGCAUUCACACCGGACACGAUGGAGAUCCGGCUGCUGGUCAACGGUAAUCUGGUGCACACGGUAACGAUGGCCGAACUGCAGCUCAUCACGUCCAAGAAGGACAUCUUCUUCGUGACAACCGCCCCCGAGUUCAUUCCCAAAGGUGCCAAACUGCGCGGUCUCGACGCGGAAGACCACGAGCAGAUGAACAAACCGCGCAUCGAGGAGAGUCGUGUGGCUCCGGAGGACGACGCAUCAACCAGUCCUGGCCGGAGCCGGUUGAGUUCGGAUGAGGAAAAUUCAGCCGGUGCGCCGACCACGGAACAGGACUCCGCUGACACACCAAGUGGUGCUGGUGGAUUGGCAACGCCUCAGAUUCAGCGGGCAAAAUCGCUACAAAAUCCCAAAUCCGCGGAAACGGAGCCCAACAAACCGAAAGAGGUCACACUCUCUGUGGACGACCUGAAGCGCCCGAUCUCGAAGAGCAACUCGUACGGUGAGGCAGGAUCAUCCUUCAGCAUACCGACGACGACCUGCAGCAAGGAUCUGGCCAAGCAUUUCGGUGCACAGCCACUGCCGAACACGAAGGACCUCUGUCGGCACUUUGGUGAAGCAUCCGUUCCACCCAACUCCCCACGCAACAGCACGAUCGUGAAGGGUACGUCACCGAGUUCACCAACGCGCAAGUCCUUCAUCCGCCAGCCUACGCUGAACCUCGGAAAAUCGCAACAAACCGAAGGCGAAACGUCCCCUUCGAAUGGGGCCACAAAUGGGAAACCAUUGCGCGUGUACCGUAUCCCGUUGACAAAUCUGACCGGAACACACGUCCAAUCACACCACUAUCACUACCCAAGUAACGAUCCCGCCAAGAAACCGAUCGCGAUCGCGACAAAGAUGCACCCAAGUGCGGCCAUCGCGGCUGCCGUCAUCACGCGACCCAGCGAAAGUGCUCAGGAACGCGUGCGGCAGUUGCAGUGCUCAAACGAGGAGGACGAAGAUGGUCUGUCACCAUCGGACGAAACGCCACACGGCCAGCUAGCAGCCGAGGGAGCUGAGCAGGUUGAGGUUCCGGCAGCACUGAGCAUCUUCGAUCAGAUCCAGCAGGAUCUACAGGAGCUGAGCAUGAAGGAUAAAGGCGAGCAGGACGAGUUGCGUAGUUCCGUUCUGACGCCGCUGUAGAGCGGUUCGACGUGACCCGACCAUCUCUCUUUCUCUCUCUCUCUCUUUCUCUCGCGCUGCCACGUACAAGAAGGAACAAAUUUAUAAAAAUACUACCCCUAGCAAAUGGUUUCAUCAUUGAGUGCAUUUUCCUCCCGGAACCCGGGAAGGCAGGCAUUGCUGAUGUUAGAUAAGUUAAAGGCUGAAACAUGGGAAAGGGAUGGCGCAAUGACGCGACGCAAGUGAAUGGAUCGUCUCAACGCACAAGGAACUGAUACGCCUGAGAAGAGGCUUUUCUAACGUACAAUUUCGCGACAGCAUCGGUAUUCAUCAUUCUCAUCGUCACUCAUUUCCCGAACAGCUCGAACGCAGAUUGCAGAUUUAUUGUACGGGUCCUGCAAACUGCAACACCCUUGCUUGCGGGGGUGGCCCACCAUGAAAUGGUUUUAUGGUUCCGGUGUUCGGUUUGCGUGGCUGCGCAGGGACACCACAGCCACCGGGAAGGACCAAUUCAACUGAGCCCCUUGAAAUGGUCACAUCCAGUACCGGCGGAACAUCCGAACCAAGACAAUUUCUACGCCAAACGAGUGAGGUUGGAUAUAUGCGAGCGUACUUGGGACGUACUGUAUGGACUGAUCACAUGACUGAUCACGCAAGAGCACAAGACCGAGGUGCACGGAAGGAAACGUUGAUUAUCGAUACAUAUUACAGCAUAGCGAUGGGUUAUGAUGCGAAGGCCCUAAAUAAUCACACUCUCACAUUACGUAUUAACAGACCAUAAAUAUACCGCAUCGUAAGUGUUGUAUCAGAACUGUUAUCUGUAGGAACUGCUGGUGGCACGGAACGAUGCCACGGCGUUGGAAAAUUUGCCACAAAUCGUUUUUGGGGUUACCAUUCUUCGGGCAGGGUAGAAGCUCAGAAUGCAUCGGCAGUUGAUGCUAGCGAAUAGGAUGUAGUGAGAUGGGAGUUUAGCCAACGUGGCGCUGGCAUUAUCCACGGUAUCCAGAGAUAUAGAGGCCAGAAACCCGAACCAACGGUGGCACAUAAUGUUAUACAUAUGCGUAGGUACCGAUCCGUCGGGAGCAGUAGAAAUCACAUCCCGAGUGGCCACCACUCGGUUGGUCGGUCGGUUGUUUCAGCUUCCUUAGAGGAGAAGAUCGCCGUCCGCAAGGUUGGCGAGCACGUUUUGUCUUCUCUCGAGGAGCUUUUUUGCACCGUGUUGUUCUUGCUGUUUUCUUGCGCUGUGAAAACGUGAAAAAAAGGGCGGCAGGAAACAGUUUAGGAGGUUUACAGAUUAGCCCUACCAGUUAGCCAGAGAACUAUUUGUUCCGUUCCGUCGAACACUGUUGACAUGAGAUUUACAAAGCUAUACAGAAAGCGUGAGGGAAACAGAACCGGAUCGUCGCAAACGGAACCGCACAGCACCCUGACGGUGACACACAUAGAAUUGACACUGCAGAAAUAACCGAUUCCACACAAUGUUACAUGGUUGAAAUGAUGCAAACCAAAGAGAGAUACAAAGCAAACAUAUAUAUACUAUACUGAGCUGUAUUUACUUGCAAAAACUACUACCGUCGUAUUAUUUACACUCGCUAGAGCCUACAACCGUUUUCCCCACAGUGGAUCGUUUUAUGGUGGCAGCAAGCAAACAAAUAAAGUUUUUAGUUUAGU